GGCAGUCGGGCGUUUGGCGCCGGACGUGCGGUGUGCGCUGUGUCUCUGGACAUUUCGCACCUUUCUCUAGGGCGCUGUGCGGGCAGUGUGAGUACUGCGAGCCAUCGUCAUCGCAUAGGUAGCCGGUGCCUACUUUGGACCUUGUGUGUGAGCAAACAUCGCCAAGACUGCGCCCCGAGUAGCGCCGCGCGCGCGCCUCCGAAGCGCGUGGUGCCGUCGACACGUGACAGCCCCUCUGCGGCCAGUGGCGCUCUUCGCUUGUGCGCGCGGAAAUACGGUCGCCGCUAAGUGCGGUGUCCUCCCGGCCGAAAUGGGAGGCCUCCCUCGAGCGACUGUCUUGCGCACCUGGGUCCGAGCGUUGCGACGACCAUGAGCUGUCUUUCCGGGCGGCGACCGUUACGCAAGUUCCGACGCGAGUACCAGCCCGCCUGACCGCCGUCCACCACGUGCACUUCAUUCUGUGCUGCUCUGACCUCCGCGAAGCUCUCCAGAUUCUCUUGUGUGCGUACCACCUGGUGACAAGUGAUAGCGUGUGACAGCUGUGCUCGUAUUUCUUCUGUGAGCACAACGUGCCGUGCCGGAUGACGCGUAUGCUUUUGUGACAGACGGGUGCCGUCUGACGAUGCUAGACGAAGACGACGAAGCAGUCUGCAGUUUUUCCUUGUGCGUUUCUUCGGUCCGCUGACGAGUCAGCGUUUCUGAACGCCCGCACGCACAGCUUCAAUGUCACGGCGGAAGCAAUCCAACCCCAAGCCACUGAAAAGAAAAGCCGAGGAGGAGCUUGAGGAGUUGGCCGAGUCCCUGCAGCUGCCUUCGGAGGUGCUUGCCCUGCGUGAAGGCAGUGAGCCAUCUCCCGAGCUGAGUGUCUACACGCGGGUCAUGCUGCGUGGAGGCACACUUUUUGGGCCUUAUGCUGCCCACCUGGUCAAGGACCCUGGCCAAUCUGUCAGUGCACCCCUCAUCACUAUACAAAGCAAAGAGGGCAGUGCCACCUACCUGAAACUGAAAGAGGCAGCUGGUAGCUGGUUGAAGACACUGCGGCUUGUCCAGGAGAAAGAAAGUGCUAAUGCAAACCUUUCUCUUGAAGGUGAUGAGGUGUGGUGCAACCUGACACGUGACAUUGCUGCAGACACAGAACUCCUGGCUCAUUUCACUGCAUCUCCACAAAACAAGCAGAUGUUGCCCAGCACUGAGAGUGCAGCUGAUGCUGACACCUUGGUUGAUGACAUUGACGUUGUUGUUGACGACACUGAUAAUGUGGAGUCAACUUCAUCUGCUGCGGAAGAAUUGAAGAAUGGUGUGAGAAGCCGACUAAAGACAGUUUCCAGCUCACCUGUUCCUACUCCCUGUAAUGGCCCAGAUGUACCAGUGGCAGCUGAUGAUGAGACGAAGGCACCUGAUGGCACGGAAAACCACAGUGCUCAUGCUGAAAAGGCUGAAUCACCAAAUGAACGAGCGCUGCAGCCUAGUGAAAUUAUGAACAUUCAAGUGAAGGUGGAAGCCUGCAGCCCUGUUGCGAUUCCAAGUGGUCAGUCAUCUGAGGACCUGCCUUCUGAUGAUCCAGAUGGAGAUCCUAAGGUCACAAAGAAUGAGCAACUUGCCACAGUAGCUUCCAAGAAAGCUGAUUUGCAUCCUGAACGCAUUAAUGGUUACAGUCCUCUGGCUGGCACAAGCACUGCCAUGCUGUUGCAGCGGCCUGCUAUUGUUGUUCAGCAAGCCUUCGAGUGUGGCAUGUGUGGCAUCCAAUUCAGCAGCGGCAAAACAUUGAAAGCCCACCAAACGUUCUACUGUUCUCAGCGAGGUGAGAAGGCUGCCUUUAUGCCAGCACGAUCACAGGCCGAGGCUACUGAGGAUUCUUUGCCACCUGUCUCGCCUGGCCAACGUUCAUCACCACGAGAAAAUGGUGAAAGUGGAACAGAAACAUGUGCUGUCCCAGCCAAGCGUCCUCGGCGGGAGGAUGGAUUGUCACCCCCCAGCUCGGAUGCUUCUUCAACUACAAGUAAAUCUCCUAAGAACAGUCGUACUUACCAGUGCAAGUACUGCUCUUAUGCCUAUGACAGGAAGGGGAGCCUCACACGCCACAUGCGGCUACAUGGUUCACCUUCAUCACCAACCAAUACUGCUGAUGCACCACCAGCAGCAGCUACAGAAGACAUCUCCAUUCCUCCAAGUGCUCGAUACUGUGCCAACUGUGACAUCCAGUUCUCUUCAUACAAAACAUUUACUGUACACAAGCAGUUCUAUUGCGGCACACGGCAUGUACAGAAAGCUCCUGUGAGCAUUGCCCCUGCCCCACCCCCAGUGCCAACAGUAUCCAUAGCACCAGCUGCACCUGAGCAGGUCCUGCUUAACCAGCCAUUAUUUGCAGCAAUAUCCACAAACCCCUUGAUCCUUGUUCCGUGUUCUUAUGUCCCUGGAAAUGGCCUUGUUCCCACAACAGGGGGAGUUCUGCGGCAAGAUGCAACUCCAUCUGUGGCUCCAGCAAUUGUUUGCCCUCAAACUGUUGCUGUGGCACCAGCAGCCUUGGUAACAUCUGGUGGCUCAGUUACUCCUGCAGCAUCUACUCCUGCUGAGCCAUGUGAAACUAAGGAAAAUGGCCCACAAGCAAAAGACCCAAGCACUGAAGGAACUGUUGCAAGUGCAGCCUCCAGCAGCAGCAAAGCCAGUUCACCAUGCAUCAAGCAGGAGCACGUGACAGAGACACCACUAGACCUAAGUCUUCGGAAGGAGGCCAAGGCUAGACAGUCACCACAGAACCCUUCCUCACCAGUGCCUGCUCAGCAGGAGGAGGCUUCAAACCCAUCUGCUGUCGUAGUCAGUGCUAUCGAUCCACUCCUGACACUUGGUGAACAGGUAGUUGUAAAGCAAGGAACCUCUCGCUGCCGUGAAUGCAACAUAGUCUUCUACAAGCAUGAAAAUUAUUUGGCUCACAAGCGCCAUUACUGUGCUUCAAGGCAGCAGAAAUUGGGACGACUGUCUUCACCAUCUGGGGAUGAAGGCUCUUCAUCAGAGCUUGUGUCUCGAUCACCAUCAGCCAAUGCAAGUGCUUCACCAGUUCCUGCUAUUCCUGAUGUCUUCGGCCAGAGAAGUGCUGGAGUUCAGUCACCACCUCAACCACUUUACCAGUUUUACUGCCUUGCAUGUGGUAUUAAAUUUACAUCACUUAGCAACCUUCAAGCGCACCAGACCUACUACUGUCCAAAGAGAGAUGUGCUAAAAGGCCAAGUGGGUGUUGCAGCUGUCAAAAGGCCAACUGAGUUUUCGUGUGCACGAUGUAGACUGUCUUAUCCAACAGAAGAAGCCUUGAAGCAGCACCUUUGCUCUGCUGCCCUGCGCAAGUGUCCCUAUUGUGAUGUGUUCUGUCCAACACAAAUUGCUGCACAGCGUCACCUAGUGACUCACACAGGAGUGAGGGCAUUUCGAUGUGCAGAAUGUGGUUACAAAGGCCAUACACUGCGUGGAAUGCGCACUCAUGUUCGCAUGCACCUAGAAAAAGGAACACAGAUGCAAGAAGAGGCUCUCAUUCUUUGUGUUGGUGCUGAUGGAAACACACUUUGUCCUUGGAAUGGCACAGCCGGAGUGCCUGCAGCGGUGACUCCUGCCCUUCCUCACAACAGUGAAACAAUAGAAGAAGCUUCUGCGCGCUCUGGUAGCCCUCCUACUGCUACUACUGUGACAGAAGAGUCAAGCUCAACCUCAAGAGCAUGUGAAGAACAUCAUCCUGCUCCGACAGAGCUUCUUCACUGGUGCAACCUGUGUGGCUACUCUUCCUCUUACAAAGGCAAUGUGGUGCGCCACGUCAAGCUGGUACAUCGCGAUGUAGUUGCCACUUCAGCAGUUCAUUCCUUCACAACCGAGAAGCCUCGUUCUUCAACAAAUGAAGGGCAUCACUCUCCUGUGCCGGAAGUCAAAGUGGAAGAAGUUUCAGAUGCAGAAGAUGCUGCCACAGAAACUUCUGCCAAACAGCAGUCAGAUGUCGCAAUGUGUAACUCACCGGCUGCUGCUGAGGCUACUUUGGUGGACGUUGUUGCAACUAACUCAGCUGAUACUGAUGCUUCUGCUGCAAUGAAACCAGUGCCACCUGUGCCAACACCAAAGAGCAAAGUUCAUGGAGCAACCAAGUACUGUAAAGCAUGUGACAUUUCUUUCAACUAUCUGUCAACAUUUGUUGCACACAAGAAGUACUAUUGCACUGCCCAAACUACGGACAGUGCAGACAGUUCAGGUGCAGCAACAGAACUAGGAGAGUCGGCACCAGGCACAGCCUAAGAGACAGGUCUUUUUUUUUCCCCUGUCCUCGUGAAUACUGGGAGCUUCACUGUGCUUAAGAAAACGCAUAGGACAGGUGUUGGUGCUUUGUUGUGCUUGGAAAAUGAACACAAUGCUCUCCGUUCAGCUAAACUGCUCAGCAGGUGGAAUGGCGUCAUCAUUUUUAAAAGGUGUACAAUGGCUUCCUAUAAUGAUCGGGACUUGGCAGUGUAGCAUUCAUUUAAAUGCUUUUUUGUGGCUUGUGUCAAAUUGAUUGCAAAAGAAAACUUUGGGGCAGGGGUUGUGUUGAACUAGCAUUUAGCAUGGGUAAGAUUUAUGGCACCAGUGUUCACAAAAGGUGUAAACAUUGUGAAAGUCAGAGCAAUGGCCAUGGUACAUCUCAUAAUAGCAUGACUGUAUGCCCUUCAUGAAACUUUCAUCUUUGCACACUGGCAUUUAUGGACACAUGAUCAUAAUCAGGAACUUGUCAAGCAAUUUUAGAGGCUACCAAAGUGUUUGCUGGGAUGCUCACUCACUACCCUCCACCUAAAGUAGCAGAAUUUGAAUUGCUAUGCUAGGUAAAUAUUACUACUGUGCACUCCCAGCUCCCCCACCGACAGUUUGAAGCUUCUUGUGUAUAUGUGUCCAUCUCUGUGCGGUAUUGCAGAUGACUUGCAAAUUCGCUCAAAUCUGGACACUGGUGUCAGAGACAUUUAUUCAUGAUUGCUAUUGAAGUCAAGCAUUUCUGACUAUUUUAUUUCACCCAUGUGAAUUUUUGGCCUUACUAUUUAGUAACCCUUUGCGGUCAUGGGCAUUUGCCCACUUUACAUUUGUUCCUGUUGUGAACAAUUUUACAUGUUUUGGUCGCUGUACAGAAAGAACACUCACGUGAACAAAUGCAUAGCGAUUUACUUGAGAAAGUGUUGUUUAUUUCAAAGGCACUGUCUUCAGUUAGCAUGACAUAUUACGUGAUCACCACGGAAGUCAAUUUCUUGGGGAUUCAUUGUUGCUUUAUUCUUUAGUACUCUCAUCCAAGUACAUUUCCUGGUCUUCUGAAGACGAAAUGUAUUUUUUUCAGCACUAAGGUUGUCUUCAGAUUAACUUAACUUGCAUGACUUCCUUCCAUAAUAUGUACAUGGAGAAAACAUUGCCAUCCUCUCAGUGCUUCACAUCAUGAAAAGCACAUACAAGUUUCUUUGAGUGUGCCACUAUAAAAAAAUGUCCUUGUAUACAUGUGUUCUGUACCAUAAAAUACAAUAGUUAAAAAUGCUGCCAGAAGGUGCCGCAACAGAAACUAAGGAAAAAAGUGGCACCUGGUGAGCAUGUGCACCUUGCACCCUUGCCAGCAUGUUACCAGAAUAGAUAUUUUUGCAUGUUAGGAGGGGCCCGGUACAUGACCGCAAAGGGUCAAUUAUUACGUGUCACAUGAGUAUAGUUCUCUGUAUUGCUAUAUUAAAAUGCAUGUAGUGCAUGCUCCUGGACUCAGUCUGAAUGGGAGAAACAUUGUUCAUGCCUCUUCACAACAGUGACACGAGUAACAAAAUAUUGGCUGGAAAGAGAUGGUGUCACAUGACUAAUGAACAAUAGCACCAAGGACUGGAUUGGUUCAUCUGCCAGUUCCAGCUCUAUUGGUAUAUGAAGGUGACAGUGAGUUAGCUGGAUAAAGAAAGCACUUAUUCCAGAUAUUCGCAUGAAUAAUACAGUGUCGACAUUAGUGCAUUGAUGACGUAAUGUGGCAUAUCUUAUGUACAUAGUAUACAUACUUGUGUAUCCAUGUAUCUGUGUUAGUACAUUUGCAUGUAGCCUCUUUUGUGUAUGCAUUGCAUUCAAGCUGUUUCUUGAAGUAUUCCACUGUUUCAUGCAUUUUGAGUGUGAGUACUGGUGAGCAGCACUGAAGUGCACACACUGUGACUAUUUGUUAUCUUUACUGCAAAUGCACGUAUGAAAGCAUCUUUUGUGGUGAUUGUGCACUCUAAAUUGUUCAAAAAGUAAAUACAGGCGAAAUCUGGGGCAUAUUUAUAACAUCAAGCUGAGAAAAGAGAAUGCUUGACUUUAAUUUUGCCGAGUAUACACUGUUUGCACAAUUUUGUAGGGCUAUUUGUUAUAGUUUCUACAAUUGUAAUGCAUUGCAAAAAACUAGCUUAUGAAGCCAGAAAAUGUGCUGCAUUCUACUCAAGUCAUCAUAAGUUUUGCAUUUGAACAGAUCAAGUUGGUUAAAAGUACCUCUUAGGUGCCUGGCCUCUCUACAUCGACACUUAUACUUUGACAUCUAUAGGCACGCAUUCAUUACAAAAACAGUCCUAAGAACUGGAGGCAGAAAAGGAAAUUGAACUAGAUGUUGCACCAGGAAGCAUUUAUUUGGGAAUAGCUAGAAACAUGUCUUUCUAAGAUGUUUAGUUUACAUUGCUGAUUGAGAAUGGCAUUGCAUAACUGUUGGAAAUUGCAUAUCACUGUGUAUUUUUUCUCCGGUGCAUUUUGUGCAUAGCCACCAAAAGUUAUGUCACACUUAUCUGCACAAAUGCAGUAGCUGUACCACAACAAGUUUUAUUAUGAUAGUUGGGUGAAGAGCAGUAAAGACAAGAAGGUGCUCAUUUCCUGAAUAUGUCUUAAUGGCUCUGGGUAACAACAGGUUACAAAAGGUGUUCAAGCUUUAGGCAGCAAUGUUUUGUUGGGUGUCGGAAUUUAAUGUGCUACCCUUUCUUGAUCAUUCACAUUGCCUUAGGAGGAGUCUUGAAAAUGCUGAUUCAUAAAGUAAUGUGUUCUGAUUCAUACUAGUAAACAUUAGUAAAAGGCAGUAAAUGUAUAGUCAGAAUGAUAGCUUGGGGAUUGCUUGCAUUUCCAUGUUCCAGAGCAUGUGACUUAUAGAAAACAGUCUUGCAAUUGGUUCCUGCAUCCUCUGUACUGUAAUGUAAAUGUUUAGUACAAAGUACAUUUACCUGUUGCUAUAUCUUACUGCUGCAUAUACACAGCAGAUUUAAUAUGAGGAGCCCAAGUUCUUUCUCAGGUGUCGCAUGACACAGGGCUCUUUAGCAGCACUUCACCUUUUAUGUUAUUGCAAAAGUACACGAAGGAUAGUUCUGCACAUACAGGUGUGACACAACCUUUGAUCACUGUCUCGCAGCUUUUGUUGUGCAGUGCCAUUGCAUUUACAUUCAGUAUUUCAUCUGCCAUAUUUUUGCCCAUUGCAAGUGCGCAUAAGUGGACAUGUGUACUUCCUGAAUUGUUUUAAAUGUGAAGUAACUUGCUUCACUUGGAUGAUACAUUCUUUAGGCAUGAUACAUAGUGCCUGCAAGUUACCAUUUGAGUUACUGCGAUUGGAUUCAGCUUGAUCAAAUUAAUUUAGCUUUUGCUUAAAUUUGUACCUGUAAUCAGUUAUAGUACUAAUCUUGUCUUGUGCAUGUUCUGCUAUUCUUGAAGCACAUGCAGAUUUCCUAACACAUUUUGUUUAUACCCUUUCAUUACAUGAUGUGUUAUUGACGUGUCCAAAGUGGAAAGGGGGAAAAGAGAAGCAGGAAGAAGUAACUGUACUCUUCAAUUAACAUCACUGGCAGCAUUUUUAUAUAAAAUAUCUGCUCAUUUAAUUAUAACUGAAUUCUAGCAGCAGCAGGAGUCAUUUCAGAAAGGCGGCUUUCACAAAGCAGGCAUCCUCCUAGCAUUGUGCAAAUUGCUGUCUCAAGGGAAGUCCCUGUCAGGAUGGCAAAUGCCGUCAUCCUUGUCAAGCAUUGUAUGCUGGCUGCAUGCGCCUUUCAUCCGCACUGUCCUGUGGAAAGAACCUCACACUUAUGAAGUUGGUUGCUACAUCUGAUAUAGAAUAGUGUCAUGAUCAACUACACUUCACCUGAAGGUUGUUCUUUCUCUGUAUGACAUUUCCUCACUCCUUGGCAGAGUGUUUGCAAAAUGGGUUCUGCAGUACGCCCAGGAUGCCCGAACUCUGUGCGUGUCUUAGAUCCAGCUGCAUUCAAUGCUGCACAUUAUGUAUUCCACCUGACUUCAGUUGGUGCCGGUGGCCCCCAUAUAUAUAUACAGAUAGGCCAUUGGAUUAAUGGGCAAUGCAAACAUAGGAGCUCACUUGAUAGCGACGACGUAGGCUAUCCUGCUAUUGCCAGCCUUGCUGAUGAGAUACUGUGGGUAGGCUUGGUUGAUGUGCAUCAGAAAGGACAGACUUGGACGCUGAACGUUGACUGUGGUUCUGUAGGAAAAAGGUGUCGGUGUGCGCUGCAUGCUCUGUGCAAGUUCUGUGUUGACAUACUUCCUCUUAGUAUUGAUCCGGGCAGCAUACACAUGCUUUCCUGAGACACACACACACAUAUAUAUGUGUGUGUGUGUGUGUAAUUACCAACCAUUGGUGAAAACUCCAGGCUAAUGAAACACUACUCAUUUUGAGCAUGCUGGCUUGCAGGCCUGCGUGAGUAUGGAUGCUUUCUGUUUUUCAUGAAACUUCAACAGUACCAAAGAAUGGAUCCAUCUCGAAUGUCAUGUCAAGGUAGUAAAGUUCAUUGCACUGUGAAAGUCAAAAUUUAGGUGUACUGUGUAUGGAGCUGGUAGAAAACAUAUUAUAAGGUAUUAUAAGCUGUAUUUUUCUAGUGAUAUAAUACUCUUAGCCUCAACUGCCUGUGGGCCUAAAAGAUUGCAAAGCAGCAUAUUGCCUUUUCUAUUUCCCUUAUCCCUUUAUUUUGCUGACUCACUAUAAAACCUUCAAUACCUACAGUGCAUGCUCUAAUUUUUUAAUUAUUUUGGGAAAGUGAAUAUCUUUUCGUAGUCACACUGCAUCUGUUCUGUGCUACUCUUUUGGAAUGGCAAAAGUUCUGAGACUUGAAUGGUUUUUGUCUAUUAAUAUGCUAUUUGGAUGUUAACAAUGUCUAAAUAGCACUGAUGUGAUACAGGCUCGGAAGCAGUUUACAUGGAAGCAUUCCAUGGCAAGUUUGAACAGCACGAAGUGUGGUAGCCAUGAUUCAAAUGCUUCGUGCUACAGUUCACUUAGCACAAUGUGCACAUACAUGCAGCUCUGCAUUUUAUAUGAAGCAUCGUGGAGGAGCUCCAGGAAACAAACCGGCAUAGUAAAUUGCUGGCCUCAUUGUUAUGUAUGGUCCUCCUUUGGAAUGCACAUUCUUCAACUUUUUCUUCGUGACCAUGCAGCUUCAAUUUCCACAGAGAUUGUAGGUAUCGCCCAGUGCUGGCAGGAAAAGUGAACUCUGGUGGUUAUUGCUUUAAAUGUGCGCCUUUUCUCCCCACCACAUCCUGCUGUGUGUGCCACACAUUGGCACCUGCUGAUUUGCUGGAUGCUGUGUAUUGUGGAAGUUAGUUGCUAUGUGUCACCACUGCAUGUGCAGCUCUUCUUGAGCAAUGCAGCCCUUUCUUCUGCGGUAAUGCUGAGUAGACCGUGACAAGGAGCACUGGUGAAGUACUUGCUUAUGGGCUGUGCUCUGUCUGUAUGAGAAGUGGGGGUGGCUGUUGAACGUGGUUUAAUUGGGUAUAAGUGAGAAUAGUGCUGGGUGGCGCGAUCUGUAUUCUGCUUCUCGAUUGUACCUCGAAGCUUGUCGUGUAUGUAGAGCCAGCCUGUGUGUAUUCCUACUAAAUUAUUAAGGCCUCUAGAUGUGUUUUCCCGACCUGUCACAGAUGUUUACAACUGAACGUCUGAACUAGUCAAAUGUGUGAUGAUGACUGAUGGUGAUGAUGGAUGUGUUUGUAGCAAAAAUGACCGAACGCAAAGUGUGUCCCUAACCCGGUUUGAGUGAUUCAGGGUGAAUGCCAUUGCAACUGGCUGCAGUUCUGAAAGGUGCAAUUGUAUGCGCGAAUGUUCCGCAUAAAACAUUGUGCGUGCAUAUUAUACAUAUCUAUAUAUAUAUAUUACACACAUCUAGAUUUAUGUGUUUUUGAGAAGUGUGUGUGCGUGUUUGUUUCUGUUCUCUUGCUUUCAUCGACGUCUUCCAGAAAACUAGUCCGAAAAAAAUGAGGAUGGGAGAGCUGCUGUUAUCUGCAGGGGUGUGUGAAACGCGAGCUUCUGCACCACGCUAACUGCGGUACACCUCUUGGGUGCUUGGCGCCGUGAGUGCUCAGAUUGAGAACGAGCCCAUGUCGUGGUGAAUGAAUUUUAUGGAAAAAAUGGUUAUUAAAGUUGAGUUGGCACGUGAAGUUCAAGAAAA